AUGCACUCGGGGUUGCCCCUCGUCGGGCGUAGUCUCGCUAUGUUUACGCUUUCGUGUGUAAUGCUGGGUCUAUCUGUUAUAACCGUCUCUUUCAGAUGUUUUGUUCGUGGGUAUCUUGUUAGGGCGUUUGGCUGGGAUGAUACACUUAUGGUCGCAGCACUGAUGAUCUACACUUCCCUCAUCGUCUGCUGUAUCAUCGGCGCAAAGGAUGGCGUUGGCCACCAACUAGUUGAUUUCGGAACCAACAUCAAACUCUACGAAGCUGCCUUGCGUUGGUGGUGGCUCAGUCAAAUCCUCUACGUCUGGUCCUCGGCCGUGACCAAGAUUUCCAUCGCCGUCGCGCUCCUGCGAUUAACAAUUCGAAAAACGCACAGAAUAAUUCUAUACUGCCUCAUCGGGCUUUCAAUCGCCAAUGCCCUUCUUUUCUUUUUCGUUCUGGUUCUCGAUUGUCAUCCAAUUUCCUAUUUCUGGCGACAAGCCGAUCCCACAGCGAAGGGAUCCUGCGUUUCAUCAACUAUUCUGCUUAAUAUCGCCUAUCUUUAUAGCGCACUCACGAUACUAUGCGAUUUCACACUGGGGAUCCUGCCCAUUGUUUUGGUUUGGAACCUGCAAAUGAGUAGUCGGACCAAGUUUGCUGUCGGAGGAAUUCUGAGCUUGGGUGCCAUUGCGAGUGUAGCGGUGGUUAUCCGACUUCCGUUUCUUCACUUCUAUCUGGACCGCGACUUUCUCUACUCAACUUACCAAAUCGCUAUAUGGUCUAUUAUCGAAACUGGCCUGGGUAUUAUCGCUGGAAGCCUGGUUACACUCCGUCCUCUGUUUCGCUGGUUCCUCGAUGCCAGUCUUUACGGCAAGAAUAAGCGAUAUGGAAAAAGCGGUUCUGUAAGAUAUCCGCUGGCUACUUUGAACGGCGACGGGACUGGGCCAAAGCUUUCCAAUGACCCUAAAUUCUGGCGCCCGGAUAUCGACGACACCAAGGGUAUGGUGACGAGUGUGUCUUCACCGAGAGAACGAGGUUAUGACCAAACUAAUAGCAGUGAAGAACAUUUGUACCCGGCUGAUGGGGCGGUUCGGAAUCCGUAUCAUGUCAGUAUUCAUGAGACUAUCACGGUUACGGAGGUGACCCACACCAGCUUUUCUUGA